UCAUGGUGGUUUCCCCUUUGCUUCUAAGCAUGGCCGAGUUCCAUGAUAAGAACUGAAACAGAGAGAAAGAGAAUUUAAAGAAGAGAGUUGGAGUCCAAUCGAUCGAGUUUGAGUUUGAGUUCGUGGCGAUGGCAAAUCGGCGAGGUCCGUCUCUGAAAUCGAUGCUGCUCUGCCUCAUGCUCAUGGCUCUGGUCCACAACGCGAUCGUCGUCGCCGGCGAAGACCUGAAGUGCCAGCCGUCAUGCACCACGCCAGUGCUCCCUCCGCCGCCCCCGCCCUCGCCGCCGCCUCCCUCGCCGCCUCUCUGUCCGCCGCCCCCGGCGCCAUGCCCCUGGUGCCACAAGCCGCCGCCGCCGACGCCGUGGUGCUUCAAGUGCAACACGCCGGGGUACCUGUACCCGGUCGACCCGGACUACCUGCUGUCCGCAGCUGGCCGGAUCCCCGGCGCCCGGAGGUGGGCCGCUGCCGGCGGACUGCUGAUGGCGUUGGCGGUGGCGUUUUAGAGAUUUCAGUAGUCGUCUUCCAGUUUCUUUCAAUUCAACGUCAAUAGCGCAUGCACAUGUCUCUCUGAAAUGUUCUAUCUCAGUUCCUCUCCUCCAUGAAAUGAAUUCAUCUAGAACAAAAAAAUUGUCAAAAUUUCACCUUUUUAUUUCUUUUUCCUCUAUCAAAGUGUAAUGCAAUUAAUUGUGCAAAUUAGAAUUGAUGGAAAACGGAUUGAGAGAA